AUGGUGGAUUCACUCGUCUCCAUCGCAGUGGAGAAGUUGAACACCAUACUCCAAGAUGAGGUGGCUUUGGUCAUGGGUGUCACCAAGGAGAUCAAAAAGCUUUCCAGUACGUUCACCUUGAUCGAAGCUGUGCUUAAAGAUGCUGAAACUCAGCAAGUGAAGGACGAAGCGGUGAAGAUAUGGUUGGAGAAGCUCAAAGAUGUGGCCUACGAUGUGGACGACAUACUAGAUGAAUGGACGACGGAAACUCUCAGUUCACAAGCACCCAAUGAAGAUAAUGGGUCCUGUUUCAGCAGGAAGAAGAUAAGAAGCUUCCUCUCGCCUGUUAAUUGCUUCAAUCAUGUCAUGUUACACCACAAAAUUGGGAGUAGGAUAAAGGAGGUGAAGGGUAGAUUAGAUGAUAUCAAAAAAGAGAAGAGCCUAUUGGGUCUUACAAUGGAUAGUGGAGAGACUGGGAGAGUGGAUAGUCAACUGAGGCAGGGCGAGAUCAGCGCACGAGAGACAGCCUCCCUACUUGACCGACCGUCAGUUGUCGACAGAGAAGAUGACAAAAAUGAAGUCCUAAACUUGUUGCUGAGGGAGAGUAGCGGAGAGGUGAAUGAGGUGCCCGUUAUCAUUUCUAUCGUUGGAAUGGUGGGAUUGGGGAAGACCACCCUUGCUCAGCUCGCCUACAACGAUGAGGAAGUCAAGGGGCAUUUCGAAAUGAGAAUAUGGGUGUGUGUUUCUGAAGAUUUUUCUGUGAAUUGGAUUACAAAAUCAAUCAUAGAAUCUGCAAAUGACUCUAUUUGUGAACUACUAAACUUGGAUCAAUUGCAACUUCACCUUCGUGAAAUGUUGCAAGGAAAAAGAUUCUUGCUUGUGCUCGAUGACAUUUGGAGUGAAGAUAGUGAGAAGUGGGACAAAUUGGGACUUCCAUUCCAAGCUGGUGCAUUAGGGAGUCGAAUCGUCAUAACUACUCGUAAUGAAAAGGUUGCAUAG